UAUUUGAUUAAAAUAGUGACUAAAAGAAAUCCUAGUGAGCCAUCCAAGGAAUCCGACUUUAUGUAAACGUCAAAAUUGUUGCUCUGUUUCGGUAACCCCCGUCUAAAUUCUUUCGGAAAAUGGUAAAAUCAAAAUUUGCUGUCUACUUUUUCACCAACGGUCAACCGUUCAAACCACCACAUAAGGUUAUGGUCGAUCGCCAGAAGCUAGAAGAGAAUAAGGUGGUGGAACGGAUAAAUCGACUUCAUUACUACAAUGGCUACGUUGUCUACACCCUGUUUGGUGAAAUUCUUCGAUCGAUUCAAGAAAUUCACGAGGAUUCGGCAUUCGUGGCAGUACCUCGCGAUCAAUGCUUCCAACCAGGGCCAUAUUUCAAAGUGUUCCGGCAGUACAUAAACGAGAAACUCCCUGCUAUAAAGGAAGACAAGAAGUCCGAUAAGAAAAAGAAACCUAUAACAAAACCCUUGGGAAGUAGCUACGGCUGCAAGGCAGCGGCCCCACGACUAGCGAAAGAGGUUCGUUUCUGUCCUGGUUGUCGCCAUGUGGCUGUCGAUACACGGUGCAAAGACUUCGGCGGCGCAGGACCACGUGCCAAACUGGACACAUGUGCCUGCAACAGAAGUGACCCGCACGGAGAAUGUGUCCCCUUGCCAGUGAGACCGAAAUCCAAACCGAGACGGGCGAAAAAACGAGGAGGAUUGUGCAGUUGUUGUAGUAAAAAGGAGCCGAAGCGAGAAGCGCCGAUGGUACGCUUGAGAAAGCGAGAUAUGGAAGCGCUGGAGCAAGCGAGAGCCAAAAAAGAACGAAGACCAAAAAGUAAGCAAGGUAACACAUGCUGUGGGAAGAAACCCACACGCGAGGAGCAGUACAAGAAGCAACGUGAAAAGAUGAUCAAGCAACGGGAGAAGCGAAUCAAACAAGAGCAGAAGGAACGGAUUCAACAGCAAAAGGCUGCUCAAGCACGCAUCAGGCGACGUAGAGCCAGGCGACGUUGUUUAGCGUGCUGUUGCCCCUGCUGCGUCAAGAAACCGGAACCGAUAUGGAGACAACCAACGCCGCAUAACUGCGUGGAGCAUUUGAAACAGGCUCGCGAUCAUGCAAUACGACGACGCAGGGCUCUGCGGAUUCCAGAACAAUCUUCUUGGGAGAGCAUCACAUUCCCACCACGGUUCAAGAAAAAGAUUCGUGGAACACAAACUACCAAGGACGACUUGAAGAUGGCGCGAAAAGCUUCUAGCAAAGGAUGUUUUGGCGGCGGAAAAAAAGAGAAAACAGCUGAAGAAAAUGGAGAGCCAUAAUACUUGUUUAUUGCUCAAUGAGGUAUCGUUACAUUCGAACAAUGUAAAUAUGAAUCUUACUGGCUAUUAAAACUUGUAUUGCCUUCCUAUAUGAAA